AACUGUUAAACAGUUUUGUAAAAUUUGUCAAAUCGACCGUUCAGAUUAAUUGUAACACUGCAAUGCAAUAGAAGAAUCCCAAAAUUUCAUUUUUGUUCCUGACACCCCGUAAGACAAACCAUGCAGACCUCCGCGAAUUCAGGCUCACUAUCCAAAAAGCGGACCUUCGAUGUCACCCAUCUGAGCAGCUCCAGUUUGGGCAGCAAGAGGGGCGUCCAGCUGCCGCCGCUGAUGUUGAAGGGUCAGAUUCGCCCGGACCAGGUGGAAGACGCCAGAUUCCGGGUGGUGGAAUCCGAGCGCCGGCCCCUCAGCGAUCAGCAGUUCAACGCGCUGAUCAAGCGGCUGGUCAAGUGCUUCAUGUCGGAGGUGGAGAUCACAAAGAGGCUGCGGAAGGUCACCGCCCACCGGGCGGUCCACCCGGUGGACCUGCAGCUCAUCCGGCACCUGGAGGCCCUCCGUCGGAACUACGAAUCCGAGCGAUCCGUCCUGGUGGUGAAGCUCAGCCUGGACAGCCGCUUCAAUCUGUAUGCUUCCCAUGCAGCGCAGGCUCGGGAAACCCAGCCGAGCAGGUCGAGAAAGUCCCGGAAAAGCCAUCCUCCCGACAGCCCUCCAAGGAGCGAUAAAAUACCACAGAAAACCCCCAGUCGCAAGUACGAGAACGACGUUCGCGCGAGGCAACGACAAAGUGGAGGAUCCCUGCCCAAAGGGCCUAGGAAAGCCAUAGUCUGCAAUCAUAUAGUAACUCCUGUGCAACUGUCUCACAGGCUCAGAGAAAAGCUUUACAGACUGCAGGAAACUUCUGUAUCUCCACCUUCGCCCGAAUCCACGAGAACUGAAGAGCCGUAUCAAGACGCCGCUUUGGAUUCUGCUCAAGUGUCUCCGAGUUCUUCUGAUAUAUUUUAUGAUAUUCCCGAUGCGAAUGAGUUUUAGACGAGAAACAGGAUUUCGAUUGCUCCUUCUUUAUCUUCUGCUCUGUAAAAGUUCACAACGAACAAUAGUGCGCAAUAUCUAAUAAUGGCAAUCAGAUUGUGGUUUCCCCUUAAA